AGCAAUCUUUCAUUAAAAAAAAGAAUAAGCGGAAAAUAUUACGCAAUAAUGUUUCAAGUUGACGCAAUAUUUAGCUGCAUUACUGUGUAACUUCGAUGUCAUCGACCGAAACUUGUCUAUGUGUGUAUCAGAAUACUCGCCUCUCAUUGGUCCAACCCCGCGCGGGACAGCAACAACGCAAUAUUCCGCCAUUUUAUGUUUCGAGCGAAUGUUGCUUCGCAGUUGCGCACUACGCUCCAUCGGUGACGGAUGUCCGUGUAUACGAUAGUGAUUUUAUAACACAAAUUGUGCAGUAUUGAAAUAAUAAUGGAAGGAAAACACGAUAUGUUUACAAAAGUGUGUGACAGGAGGGACAUAGUGGAUUUUGUGAAGGAAGUGGAGAAAUAUCCGUGUUUGUACAACAAAACUUUACCGGAAUAUGCAAAUAAAGUGCAUAAUCGACGAGCGUGGUCGAACAUCGCAAAGAAGGCGAAUACAUCAACGACUGUGAUUGGUCGUAACUGA